UUGAUCAGUCACGGGAUGUUAUUUGUGCUACGAAUCCCGGUUCUUGUGGCCGUUUUCGGCCGCGGAGAUUGGAGCUUAGAGAAAGAGGAGAUCGGAACGAGAGUUGGGAGGAGGAGCGGAGCGAGCGAGCGGCGCGGGAGCGGGUUGCGUGCGUGCGCGGUGUUUGUGUUCACCAUCUCGGUUUAUUUUAUGUCCAGGCCGAGGCCGAUUUAUCUCGUGGAUUUCGCUUGUUAUAAGCCCGCCGAUGAGUUUAAGGUUUCGAAAGAGGAAUUCAUCGAGAAUGCCCGCAAAUCCGGCAAAUUCGAUGAAGACAGCCUCUCAUUCCAACGCCGGAUUCUCGCCAACUCAGGUAUUGGCGACGAGACUUACAUUCCAAAAUCCGUCUUCGCUCCUACUCCGUCAGCCACGAUGAAGGAAGGCCGAACAGAGGCCUCGACCGCAAUGUUUGCAGCCCUCGACGAGCUCUUCGAGAAGUGUCGCGUUCGUCCAAAGGACGUUGGUGUUUUAGUUGUUAACUGCAGUCUUUUCAACCCUACUCCUUCAUUGUCUGCUAUGAUAGUGAAUCACUAUAAGAUGAGAGGGAAUGUUUUGAGUUAUAAUCUUGGAGGAAUGGGGUGCAGUGCCGGAAUCAUUUCCCUUGAUUUGGCCCGCGAUAUCUUGCAGGCAAAUCCGAACAACUAUGCGGUGGUGGUGAGCACGGAGGCAGUGAACUUCACAUGGUAUCCAGGGAAGAACAGAUCAAUGCUGAUUCCGAACUGCUUCUUCAGGAUGGGGUGCUCCGCGGUGCUUCUGUCGAACCGGAGGAGGGAUUUCCCGAGGGCCAAGUACCAAUUGGAGCACAUUGUCAGGACUCACAAGGGUGGUGACGAUAGGAGCUUCAGGUGCGUGUACCAACAAGAAGACGACCAGAGGAUCAAAGGCCUGUCAAUCAGCCGGGACCUAAUGGAAGUCGGCGGCCACGCCCUGAAAGCCAACAUCACCACCCUCGGCCCCCUCGUCCUCCCUUUCUCCGAGCAACUCCUCUUCUUCGCCACCCUCAUCUACCGCAACCUCUUCGGCUCCAACAAAACCCCCAAAUCCACCACCGCAACCUCAGCCUCAACCAAGCCCUACAUCCCCGACUACAAGCUCGCAUUCAACCACUUCUGCAUCCACGCCGCGAGCAGAGUCGUCCUCGACGAGCUCCAGAAGAACUUAGAGCUCACUGAAGGCAACUUGGAGGCGUCCCGUGCUGUGCUUCAUCGCUUCGGUAACACGUCGAGCAGCAGCAUCUGGUACGAGCUCGCGUAUCUGGAGGCCAAGGGGAGAGUUAGGCGCGGGGAUAAAAUUUGGCAGCUCGCGUUUGGGUCGGGGUUCAAGUGCAACAGCGCGGUUUGGCGCGCGAUGAAGAGGGUUCGAAAGCCCGCGAAGAGUCCUUGGGCUGAUUGUGUCGAUCGGUACCCGGUUCAGCUCUAGUCUUAUCGAGGUUAUGUGUUUUUGUGUUGUCGGCUUACGUGACAGGGUUAAGGUGUUACCGUUUGUUUUGGACUUUGUUUGUGUUGGCUGGAUGUUCAAGGGUUCGAGUGGAUUCUCGAAUACCGUACUAGAUAUAUUAUCUAAUUUAUGAUUUUCUAUUGUAACACUUUAGGUUCAUAUUGAUGGUAUCUUCUUAUAUGUAACGUUCUGGUCCAGUGUUGUCGAUAUAAUACACAUAUUGAUUGUCACGAUCUA